AAAAUGACAGCAGCUGAUAAAAAAAUGGCGAGAAAAGAAAUAAAUCAAAAUCUCUAGCACUGUCAAAUUAUUUUUUCAUGUAGUUUUUUUAAAAUUUAGCCGCGAAAUUUUCCGUAUUAUGUUCAGAUAAUUUAACCAUUUCUCCCAGAAAAAUUUUUAGUGCGAUAUCUUAAUAAUUAAAGACGGUAACGAUGGACAAACCGGGUACCAGCGUUGAAGAAAUAUCUAGCUUAAGCUUGGACAGCUCGAUGGAUUCAUUGAAGAGCCACAACAGCUCUGGAGACCUUAUUCGUUCUCUGUACAAGUCAGAUUUUGCUCUAUGGAGCGGUAUGAACCUGAAACCUCAUCUCGAAUCUCCCAAUUCCCAAUGCCGAUCCUGUAAAUCCCUUAGGGCCCUUAUACAGAACGAUAUCAAGGAAAACGACAGUGCCCACGUUAUACACGAACCAUGUAUACCUCAGGACCAAUGGCUGAUGGGCGGUCAGCUGGGGUCCAGAAACGCCAUUUUGGUGUUCAAAAGUUCCGCGCUGGCCAAUCCUUCCGAAGAGGCCAAUCAGGAUAAGCCUGGUCACAAACUACACGUAACUUAUAAGGUGUUGCAAGCUGAGACAAAAUUAUUGUCUAAAUUGUUAGACUGUCACGGCAUAAUGGAGGUGGCACCUAAUUCAAGCGAUUUUAAUUUAUUGUGGACUGGAUCUCAUCCUAAACCAGGCAUCCUAAGAGCUCUGGCCCCUCACCAAAGAGUCAACCACUUCCCCCGAUCCUACGAACUAACCCGAAAAGACCGUCUCUACAAGAACAUCGAACGCAUGCAACACCUCAAAGGCCCCAAACACUUCGAUUUCAUCCCCCAAACCUUCGUCAUGCCCACCGAGUUCAAAGAGCUGUGUUCCGUCCACCACAAGGUCAGGGGUCCGUGGAUAGUCAAGCCGGUAGCGUCCAGCAGAGGGCGGGGCAUAUUCAUAGUGGAAACCCCCAACCAGGUGUCGCUAGAAGAGCCUCUGGUCGUGGCCAAGUAUAUUUCGAAUCCGUUCCUGGUCGCUGGGCAUAAGUGCGAUUUGAGGUUGUACGUUGUGGUGACGAGUUUUGAUCCGUUGCUGAUCUAUAUUUACGAAGAGGGGUUGGUGAGGUUCGCAACCGUCAAAUACGAUUCUAGUCAUAAGCAGCUGUGGAAUCCGUGCAUGCACCUUUGUAAUUACAGUAUUAACAAGUAUCAUAGCGAUUACGUUAAAUCAGACGAUCCUAGUGCCGAAAAUGUCGGACACAAAUGGACCCUAAGCGCAUUGUUACGUCACUUAAAGUCUGAGGGCAAGGACACAGCAUUGCUGAUGUCACAGAUCGAAGAUGUAGUUAUCAAGGCUGUUUUGGCUUCAGCUAAUUCUAUUAUAUCUGCCUGCAAAAUGUUUGUGCCCCACCAAAACAACUGUUUCGAACUGUAUGGAUUUGACAUUCUAAUUGAUUCUAACCUCAAACCUUGGCUGUUAGAAGUCAAUCUUUCUCCAUCUUUAAAUUGUGACAGUCCGCUAGAUGUCAGACUUAAAUCCGCCAUGUUGGCCGACCUGCUCACAUUGGUCGGAAUUCCAGCGGUAGAUCCUAUACUUAGACCAAGCAGUACAGUCAAUCUCUCAAAAGCUAGUUUGAGCCUGAAAAUGAAGUUUAGCAACUGCCGCCGUGUACAUUCUGCCGACGGCCUAAGCAACACCUUCCCAAAGAAACAGCCUCAAACUGCCGCAAGUUCUCGUAGGAUAUCCUCUGCCUCUUUGCAGCCCACUCCAGAAGAAACUAGAAUAAUCAAGAACGCCCAGUCGCAGUUCGAACGAAGAGGAGGCUUUGUCAGGAUAUUCCCGGCCGUUGACAGUUGGUCGCGCUACUCUCAGUACCUGGAUGCUAACACUGGUAUUCCAUUGUCGGGCACGGCAUCUAGCACCUACCAAUAUAACAACGCGCACAAUUACAACUUACUGUUGUAUUCUGUCUUCUUUCCCGAAGAAUCCGCCACUGUUUUCAGGAAUACCGAUAAAUCAAACCCCAGAGCCAAGUUUACGUCACUAGAACGCAAGAGGGAGCCAUCUUUAGACAAUCAACCAGCAAGAUUAAACAGUAGACAGGACAGAUACGAGCGUAUGUUGAACAGGGGCUACAAACAAUCUUUGGCUCCUUGCAAGACCGCGCAGGAUCCGGUGAGCGACGAGCUGCGCAGAAAGAUUUUCGAAAUGCUGAAGAACGGAAAGAAAAUAACGCAAUGCGAGGCCCGCAAAACGUUCAGCCAGUAUUUGGUGUGCGUGUUGAAGAAAAUCGUGACUGCGCCGGACCAAGACGAGCAUGUCGAGAUCGUUUUGAAGUUUUUGCAAAAGGCUUCGAACUAUUUACGAUCACCAUAUGUUGUCAAGGCUCCAAGUCUCCAACUAGACACCAAGGACCGCGCGGCGAUCGUCGCCAAACAACUAAACGAUUUUCUCUAUUUGUACAACAGAGAAACUGAACUUUUUGUCGAUAAAUCAGACAAACCCAGCCAGAUUCCCAAGGCCCUCUAUCACGAAUUUCUCGAAAAGGCUCGAGAGUCCGAUUUAGAGGAGGUCUUGAUCCAUCAAACCACUCAUAAAGCACCGACAUACGCUGUAGGAUUUCAAGGAGUUCUAAAAUGCAUUCCCAACGUGCCCAAACAGUACGGCUUAAAACCGCCUUAUAAGCCGAACAAGCUAUGCAAAGGGGUUAGGGUUGCUUCUAGUUCGUGAUUUAGUCGGCAAAAUGGAUGUAGGUGGCGCUGGUAGCCUCAUUUUCUACCAUAAUGAUGUCGAAACUCUUCUAAACAGUAAGAGAUAAGGAUGAUUAAAUGGAAGAAAAAUUGUCUUUUUUAAAGUGUGUAACGUGACAUUUUUGAACAUAACAAAUACUAUUAUUUUUGAGGUUCUUUUAAAUUUCUUCAUUUAGUUUAAAUGUAGCGUUUAUUUUGAUAGGAACAUUCAAAUAUAAAUUUUAGAAUAAUUUCUUUUAGUCUAAGUAUUUUUGGCCAUAGUUGAGAUUCAAAUUUUCUUCCAUUUUACUGUUUCUUAUGUUGUUGUCUAAUGAAAACCACGUCAUAGUAAGCGUUCAAAUACAAUUUAUUUUGAACUUUACUGUAUUGGAAUUCUUGAUAGCAUCAACUAUAAUAAUAAUUUACUUAAUCGAGAAAAUAUAUUUGUUAUUGUUAUGAAACAGUAAAGUUUGAACUGAAAUACUAUUCAGUACCUACUAUGACAUCGUUUUCCUUCAAUAACAAGGUUGUUUAGAGAGAUGCGAAAUUUUAUAGAACCGUUCAAUUUUAAACAGCAGUAUAACAAUUUUAAAUACGAGUUUUUGCGUAAUCCAUCAAAAUUAUACAGGUUGUGUCAAAAAGUUUGUUUAUAAAUAAUGUUUUUUUAUUAUUGUUACCAAAAAAAUGUUUAGAAUUUAUUCGGCAGGAUUUUUUUAAUUUGCCUCCAUGACAGUUACCCUGUGACAUAUGUCAAAAUGAUUAUUUUUGAAUUGUUUCCACGCAAGCUUUUUAGAGAUAACUUGGAGUAAAAUAGAGUACACAUCUAUUUUUUUUAACUUUUUGGCACGCCCUGUAUAUUUUGGGUGAUGUUUUACGGGGUGACAUUACUGUCAAUUUUAUUUGAUACAGAUUCGACAUAUUUAAUGGUAGAUCAUGUUAACGAAGUUUGGCUUUCCAUUUGUAGCUGGAGCCACAGGUAAGAGCCAUCUGUCAAAUAUCUGCCGACAUUUUGGUGGCAGUCAAUGAUAUUUUAGAUCUCUUCUAUAUCUAUGUACUGGAUAUGUUGUAAUGCCAAAAUAGUUUUGUUUCUUUUUUUUCUUUGUUGCUAAUUUAAUGUGUUGUAAACCAAAAAAAAAGGAUGCUGUAUUUGUUCAAAACGAUAUUUCUGUGAUACCGGUAGAGAUGACUUAAACAUAACUUUAUUUUAUUACGCAUAUUUCAUUUGUUUGAUAAUUUCUAGAAUAAAAGAAAGUUUAUUUUUAUCGA